AUGGCGCGGAUCCGAGUCCUCAUCAGCGGCGCGGGAAUCGCCGGUAACGCGCUGGCCUUCUGGCUGGUGAAGCUAGGCCACGAAGUCACCGUUGUCGAGAAGUUUCCGGUCCUGCGCGCGACCGGCCUGCAGAUUGACCUGCGCGGCCACGGUAUUGAGGUCUUGCGACGCAUGGGGCUCGAGCGCGAGUUCCGCGAGCUGUCAGCGCCAGAGCAGGGGCUGCAGAUCGUCGACGGCACGGGACGCCAGCGCGCCUUAUUCCCGGCCAAUAAACCCGGCGACGGUGGCAUCCAGAGCUUCACCAGCGAGUUCGAGAUCAUGCGCGGCGACCUGUGCCGCCUCUUUCACGAUGCGACCGCUGACCGUGCCCGCUGCAUCUUCGGCACGUCGAUCGCGAGCUUGCAACAGGAGAAUAUGGGCGGCGGGCGAGGCGGGCCCGUCGACGUGACGUUCGAGAACGGCAAGACGGAGCGCUUUGAUCUGGUCGUGGGCGCCGACGGCAUGUGGUCACACACGCGCCGGCUGCUGUUCGGGCCCGACACGCCAGAGACGCUGCGGCCGCUCGGUGGGUUCUGCAUUGCGUACUUCACGAUGCCGCGGGCGAUCCAGGAGGGAGAGGGGUACCUGGCGACGGCGUACAUGGCUCCGGGCCGCCGGGCGAUCAUGACGCGGCGUCAUCGCCCGGACGCGAUGCAGGUGUACCUGCCGUGCCGCAGCGACGGGGGCCGGCUGGCGCGGACGCGGCGCGGCGACGUGGCGGGGGAGAAGGCAGCGUUCGCCGAGUCCCUCGCGGGCGCGGGCUGGCAGGCGGACGAGAUCGUCGCGGCCAUGUGGGACGCCGACGACUUCUACUGCGAGCACCUGCGGCUGGUGACGCUGCCGACGUGGGCGCGCGGGCGCGCGGCGCUCGUCGGCGACGCCGCGUACUGCCCCUCGGCCAACACGGGCAUGGGCACGACGUGCGGCGUCGUCGGCGCGUACGUCCUGGCGGGCGAAAUCGGGCGGCACUGCGGCCGGGGGGAGCACGACGACGACGACAACGCCGCGGGCGCUGACGGCCUCGAGGCCGCGCUCGCCGCGUACGAGCGCACGUUCCGCCCGUACGUCGACAAGGUGACGCGGGGGGUCGCGGAAGACGCCAGCGUGUGGAACAUGCUGCCUUCGUUGGCGCUCGGCGUCGGCAUCAUGCACGCGGUGUUGGGCCUGGCGUCGUACUUCCGGCUCGACUUCUUCCAUCACGUCCUCCGCGAGAAGCGGGUCCAGGGCUGGGACCUGCCGGACUACGAGGAGAUGGUGGGCCGGCGCUAA